UCUCAUCAUCUGUCAUAAUCUGUCUGUCGUUCGCUGUCUCAGGUUGACAAAUUUUAGUUUUCCGAUUUUCUUUAUCGUUUUUCGAUCGUUGUUGAUUCUAAUUGUGAUAUUGUUUUUAUUUUAUUUUAUCAAAGUUCUUGGUUAUUAGUUACUUACGUGGAUCUUAGUGUUUAAGAUGCAGUGACAAAGGAAUUAAGUCGCCUAAUCUCGCUAUCAACUUGAAGAACAGCAAGGAGGUUUCAUGGGUUAAAGCGGUAGUCACCAGUUAUCCAAGAUGAGUAAAAUGUCGAAGAACAAACUGAAUCUGACCCUGCCACCAGGGUCGAUUGACACGGCUCCAGCGGUCACACCUUCUAACAUGACACCACAGCUAAAGUCUGCUACAGCCACAGAGCGGCAGGGUUUAGCUGGGAAGUCCAAGACCAGCAUUGAGGCUCUCACAGAGAGGCUGGAGCAAAUAGAGAUGGAUGACACCCAGCGUCGCCGGAUAGAAGUCUUCCUCUGCCAAAAGGAGAAGAUCGGAGAGCUUAGCGAUGAUGAUUUUGAAAAGCUUGGAGAGCUUGGUCAAGGUAACGGCGGCGUCGUUAUGAAAGUUCGUCACAAGUCGACUGGCCUCAUCAUGGCUCGAAAAUUGAUCCAUCUAGAAGUGAAACCAGCUAUCAAAAAGCAGAUCAUAAGAGAGCUGAAAGUACUCCAUGAAUGCAACUUUGCUCAUAUUGUGGGCUUCUAUGGAGCUUUUUAUAGUGAUGGCGAGAUUUCCAUAUGUAUGGAGUACAUGGAUGGUGGAUCACUUGAUCUGAUCUUGAAGAAGGCUGGCAGGAUUCCUGAAUCUAUUCUAGGAACAAUAACAUCAGCAGUACUGAAAGGACUGAGCUACUUGCGCGACAAGCACGCCAUCAUGCACCGCGACGUCAAACCGUCGAACAUCCUAGUCAACAGUAACGGCGAGAUUAAGAUCUGUGACUUCGGCGUGUCGGGGCAGCUUAUCGAUUCUAUGGCUAACUCCUUUGUGGGAACUAGGAGUUAUAUGUCACCGGAGCGUCUGCAAGGCACCCACUACUCAGUGCAGUCAGACAUCUGGUCUCUGGGGCUGUCGCUGGUGGAGAUGGCUAUCGGCAUGUACCCCAUACCGCCGCCCGACGCCAAGACGUUAGCCGCUAUAUUCGGCUCACAGAAUGAAGACCAUUCUCCGGGGCAGGUAGGCUGUAUUCAUGUUAAGGAAUUAAAAUACAAAAAAAAACCGCAGUCCGACAUCUGGUCUCUGGGGCUGUCGCUGGUGGAGAUGGCUAUCGGCAUGUACCCCAUACCGCCGCCCGACGCCAAGACAUUAGCCGCUAUAUUCGGCUCACAGAAUGAAGAUCAUUCUCCGGGGCAGCCGGAGCUGCAAGGCACCCACUACUCAGUGCAGUCCGACAUCUGGUCUCUGGGGCUGUCGCUGGUGGAGAUGGCUAUCGGCAUGUACCCCAUACCGCCGCCCGACGCCAAGACGUUAGCCGCUAUAUUCGGCUCACAGAAUGAAGACCAUUCUCCGGGGCAGAUUGAGGUAUAA